UUUGUCUUUAUGACGUUACCUUCACUGGAUUAUUAACCUAAAAAAUGCGUAACCCGCCGUCUCUUUCCUCUCCACGUCGCCGGCGGUGUUUUCUCAGUUCCUGAGCAACGCCAUGAGCAAGCAUAGACUUGGACUACACCAUUGGCUGUGCUUCUCCUAUCUGUCUAGAACAACAAAGAGACCUUUUACUGCUUGCCAUUUACCUGCUGAAGCAAUAUCAUCUACUGUUCCCACAUCCUCCCCAAUUAAUAAUCACAAGACCUUGUGUUUUUCACUUGCAGAGCAGUUAAUACUUCGCGGGUUAUUCGGUUCAGCUCAGAAAGUGAUUCAGAGAAUCAUCAAGCAAUCCUCAUCAGUCUCUGAAGCUAUCUCAGCCGUUGAAUUCUCCAUUUCUCGCGGUGUCGAGCCUGAUGUAACUAGCUACAGUUUUCUCAUUCGACAACUCGUGGCAUCUGGUGAAACCCAAAUGGCUGAGGAUAUUUAUGUAUAUUGCAUUUUGAAGAGAGGUAUUGAACCGAAAGACCAGUCUUUAUUGAAUUCCAUGGCCAUUUGUUAUUGUAAUUUGGGUAAAUUAGAUGAAGCAAAAUUGCUUUUUGAUAAACUAUUGGAUAUGAAAUUGAGGCCUUGUAGUAGCACGUGUAAUGCACUUAUUAAGGGAUUUUGUGGCCAACAUAGCAUCUUGGAUGGGUUUGAUGUUUUUGUAGUGGCUAUUGAUGCUGGAGUAUCACUAAGUUUCAGUUGUUACAAUAGGUUAGUGGAUGGCUUGAGCCGUCGGGGGUUCUUAGAUGAGGCACUCUAUGUGUUUGAUGUAAUGUGUGAGAGAGGGGUGUCACCCAAUGUUCAUUUGUUUAAGACAUUGGUUCUUUCGUUGUGUAAGAGGGGUCGAGUCGAGGAAGCUGAGUUGUUGAGCAUGGAUAUGGAGUCUUAUGGUUUUGUUCUAGAUAAAGUCAUGUACACAACUCUCAUUAACGGGUAUUCGAAGAACAAGAAAAUGAAAAUGGCUAUGAGGGUGUUUCUUAGAAUGCUUAAGUUGGGAUGUGAACCGGAUAAGUAUACUUACAACACGCUGAUGCACGGGUUUUUUAGCUUGGGCAUGUUAGACAAAGGUUGGGUGCUACAUCAGCAGAUGGCUGAAUUUGGAUUAGAACCUGAUGCAGUAAGUUACCAAAUCAUGAUUGGCAAGUAUUGCAAGGAUCAUAAAGUUGACUGUGCGUUGAUGCUGUUAAAUAACAUGAUUCAGUGCAACGUUGCUCCCAGUGUGCACUCUUAUACUGCUUUAAUUGCUGCACUUUAUAAAGAGAAUCGGUUAGCAGAAGUAGAUGUCUUGUACAAUAAGAUGUUGGAUAAUGGAUUGGUUCCUGACCAUGUUUUGUUUUUUACCUUGGUCAACAAUUAUCCAAGAGGGUCAGAGAUUACUCUAGCAUGCACCUUUUUGCGGGCAAUUGCGAAGAAUGGUUGUGGUAUUGACCUUUCUGACAUCCCUAGCCCUACCAGUCGAACAGUUACUACAGAUAUCGUGUCUGAUAUUGAUCAUCUCUUGGGAGAAAUUGUGGCAAGAAACUUACCUCUGGCCAAUGUUGCUUUCAAUAUAUACAUGAUUGCUUUGUGUUUAGGAGGAAAACUUGAUUCUGCUCUUCUUUGCAUGGACAAGAUGGCAAGCCUUUCUCUUCAGCCUUCAUUGUCAGCUUAUAACUCUAUGAUCAAGUGCCUUUACCAAAACGGACUACUUGAGGAUGCCAAAUCCUUUGUUGAAGUUAUGCAAGAUCAAGGUCAAGUUCCAAAUCAAGCAACAUUCUUGAUUAUGGUGAAUGUAUACUGCAAACAGGGUGACACACAAUUAGCAUUUGAAGUUCUGGACCAAAUGGAAGAGAGUGGAUUGAAGCCUAGUGUUGCGAUAUAUGACUCCAUCAUUGGGUGUUUGGGAAGACAAAAGAGAAUAGAUGAGGCCCUUGAAGUUUUCCGGAGAAUGCUCGAGGAUAGAAUUUAUCCUGAUGAAACUAUGUUUGUGACAAUGAUUAAUGCUCUAUCAAUAAAUGGACGAGCUAUUCAAGCCCAUGAGCUCUUCGACAAAAUGUUGGAAGAUGGAGUUCAACCAAGCCACUAUGCUUAUACUGCUCUUAUACAUGGGUUAGUUAAGAAGAACAUGAUUGAAAAGGGCUGUGUAUACCUUGAUCGAAUGAUAGAAAAUGGUUUCAUGCCAAAUACUGUUCUUUAUACUUCUCUAAUAAAACAAUUUUUAAGGAAAAGAGAGUUUGAAUUUGCAUUUAAGUUGGUUGAUUUGAUGGAAAGAAGUGAGAUUGAGCGAGACCUGGUAACCUAUAUUACUUUGGUCAGUGGCGUCUCUAGAAAUAUUAGGUCACUUCAUGGGAAGUGGCUUGUUCCGCAGAAGCAGUAUGAAAAAUCCAAGGAAAUGUUGUUUCGUCUACUUCAUCAGAGUGCUAUGUUUUCUAGGGAAAAAUGUUUGAAAAUCUCAAUUAGCUCUCAGGAACAAAUUAAAUUUCUUGCACUUAGGCUGAUAAACAAAGUGAAGAACACCCCCCUAAUGCCAAAUUUGUACUUGUAUAAUGGCAUAAUUUCAGGGUUUUGCUGGGCAGAGAAGAUGCAGGAUGCAUAUAAGCACCUGGAUAUGAUGCAAAGUGAGGGCAUCCAACCGAAUCAAGUUACUUUUACUAUUCUAAUUGAUGGGCAUUUCCGAAGUGGCGAAAUUGAUCUUGCUGUUAGUCUCUUCAACAGAAUGAAUGCACAGGGUUGUUCUCCUGAUAAAAUUGUGUAUAACACUUUAAUAAGAGGUCUAUGCAAGCAUGGAAGGCUUAUUGAUGCUCUUUCGAUCUCAUACACAAUGCUCAAAAAAGGGUUUGCCCCUUCUAAGGCAUCAUAUGAGAAUCUUCUCACUUCUCUUUGUGCUAAUAAUUGGAGUGUUCACGCACUGAAGAUAUGUGAAGAUAUGCUGGCCCAUAAAUAUGUCCCUUGUGGUCAUAAUCUUAAAUUGUUAAUUUGUAUGCUAGAUGAAGAAAAUAAGUCGCAUGAAGCUCGUCUUAUGAUUGAUUUGCUCCUUAACAAAAGAAGAUUUAUGAUGUACACAAGCUAGAGGUUGGUUAUGCAAUCUCUCUGAUAUUGCUGGGCUUCAUCCCCUUACUGCUCCAUGUGCAUGAGCAGGAUAUGGACUUCUGUGUGGAGCUAUACCUUGUAGCUUGAGUACCCUCAGAACUCCCUUUGUAAACUGUUUUAAGCCACUGGCUACGUGUGUGCAUAAUCCUAUUUGAAAUACAUUGGUAGCAGAACUCGAGAGCUCAAAAGGAACUGUGCGGUUGUUCUUGACAUGGCCCAUUUCAUUCCCAGCUGAUUAAAAAUAAUUUGGCGGACUUGUAAGAUUAUCUUGAGUCAGACAAGCUUCUUAGAUACCAGCCCCACAAAACACAAACUUUGACUGGUGCAUUAGCUUACCAUAUCUGCUUCCGGUCCAAAGUAGUCUGAUUGGUACCUUUGAGAGGUAUUCUAUAUCAAGAUUUGACAGUGAAGGAGCCAUUUCCUUGACCUUACCAGAUGAGCUUAUCAUCACUGCUGUUGGAACCUUGGAAUGAGGAAAGCUGAAAAAAUCAGAGAUACUUCCCAUAUCUCCCAAUUAGUGAAGGUCCUCCUGAAGUUGAUGUUGCAAUUGUUGUUUUCUCUGCUUUGUGCCAAGGUAUGAGCGCAAGUCAGUUGUCCGAUUCUUGGUGACUUUCGAAAACUAUAGGGUGGAAUGCUGCUUGCUUUAUGCCGGGAGUAUGGAAUUGUAGAUACAGCUGCUUUCUUGUUAGAAAAGGUUGGUGACAUUGGAAGUGCCCUUUUGCUUGUUGUAUCUUCGCUUGAUGAAAACUUCAUCCUGCUCGAUACUGCUAUUGAAAGUGAACACUGUGAUGCGGCUCCCGAGCAUUUCAAAGCUAUUUCUUAAGCAAGAGAUAGGUCACUGACAUGCUAGAUAUUUUGCGCACUUGUAUUUGACUGUGCCAGAGAAACAACCCCCUGAUUGGACCCCAAUGAAGCAGAGAGUGUGGUUUCAGUUUCCUCCCUUUUUUGAUAGUAACUGUAGAAACUAAAUCAAGUUCUACAGUUUUACUGAAAUUGGUAGAAGGGGGUGUGUACACUUAUAAAUGGUCUUGAAGAAGCAACCUUGAAGAUUACUCUCUUUCUUGUGAAAACACUUGGCAAUGCAAUCCUAUGCAUGAUGCUUUGUCUCACACAAAACGACCUGCAGAGAGAGGUGUAUCAAUUUGUAGCAGAUGUUUCCUGUGAAAUAGUGAGGAGGAAAGUAGCGCAUAUAUCUUUUGCGCUACUUUAUUUUGUAGUCUAGCUUCUCUAUUAGCGUAAAUAUUGCUUACUUUAACUGCGUUUGUUGGCGAAUGUGUAAUUUCUGCAGCACUUUCAUCAAAUGUUUAUAGAUGCUUGUUUCAUCAACUGUAAUUAGUGAGUAAUUUCAUUUCAGAGAUAAUAAAGGAAAUCUAUAACAAAAUGGAAGCUUUCUGACUUCCCAUCUGAAACUGAGAA